AUAGUCUCUACAUUUCUUUAAUUAAUUUAGUGGGCGACGUUGACCGCCAUCGACGUUGUGAGGGUGAGAAGUUUACGAACUAGGAAGUGAAGAUUGUUGGAGAUUGUAAAUUAUUUGUUCCAAUUUUUAAAGGGCACCAUGUCCACUGAGAAAAGUGAAGCUCUUUCUCCUCCUACGAGGCAACCAAAUCCCCAACAGGCUGCAGCAUCUAAGAGGUUGCAGCAUACGCAAGCACAGGUUGAUGAGGUUGUUGGAAUUAUGCGUGUGAAUGUAGAGAAAGUUCUGGAACGUGAUCAGAAGCUGUCUGAACUGGAUGAUCGCGCAGAUGCUUUGCAGCAAGGUGCAUCGCAAUUUGAACAGCAGGCUGGAAAACUUAAAAGGAAAUUUUGGUGGAAAAAUUGUAAGAUGUGGGCUAUCAUAAUCGGAGUAAUUAUUGUUAUAAUUAUUGUAAUUGUUGUUGCUAGUGUAUCUUAAACUUAUGGAAUUUGAUGGCUUCCGAUUAGUUUUACUUUGCUCGCAAUGCAUGCAUACUGCUCACAGCCAAUUUGAAAGGGAUGAUAGAAAAAGUAACUCAUUUUCAACAAAAUUAAGCUGAUGUGAUGGCAUUUUUAGCCAUAAAUCAGUUACUUCGCCGUCUUUUUAUAAAAUAAACAUAUUCCCAUUUUGAUUUCUUAUGAAUGUUUUUACAAAUUUAUCUGUAGCUUUGGAUUAAUAAAUUUCUUGGUUAACUUUCUUUUAGAAAUGUUAGACAUUUGAAAGCUGUGGAUGAUUCACUGUACUAUUAAUUAGUUUUAUAUGAAUUGAAUGUAAUUUCAGCAGUAUUUUUUGCCCUUUACAUUUUCAUUUGUUUUACAGCAUAAAAAUUAUUUUAAUUUCUUUGUAAAUGUUUUAAAUUAUAUUCUUAUUAACUACUGUUUGAAUACAGUUAUAUUAAUAUGCAUUUAAAUACUUUUAAUAAUUAUAAAACAGCUUUUAUUCCUAAUAUUACAGAAAUCCUUUUUUUUUUUUUAAAAAGAAAGUGAUUUUAUUUUUUGUAAAGAUAUUAUGUAUUUUGGUAUAUAAUAAUCAUAAAGAUUGUUAGUGUACUGAAGAGAGUUAUAAUAUGAUUUUGUCAAAUAUCUUAUUUUUGACAUUUUACUGCUACUAUUAAUUUAACUAUCAGACAAAUUAAAAAUUCUGCCUUUAGUGUAUUAGUGAGUAUUAUGUCAAAAUUUUUAUUUGAUACUUGAUAUAUAUAUAUAUAUAUACACACACACACACACAUGGAAGGAUAAUCUUCUCUUCCUGUAAAAGAAAUUUGAACUUCGAGAAAGUGUCUAUUCCAGUUUAUAAAUUUCAUCAAUUCUUUACAAAAAAUGAAAAGUUAAAAGUGGGUUCAUAUAAAAACAUUUUUAAGAUAUUAAUGUAUUUAUUUUAAAACUUUUAUAGUUCUGCUAAUUAAGUCAAAUUCAUAGACAUUCCUAAAUGUGUUGAAAUAUAUGUGUUUAAUAUUGGAAAUGGUGGCUUUUGGUGUAAGUAUAUCUAUGUCAGACUUUUUACUUUGCCCCUCCUCUAAUAUCAGCUUAAUCUAGCAUAACUUCUGUUUUUUUUUUUUUUUUUUAAAUUUGCUGUUACCUUUAAGUUAGCAAAAUAUAUGUUAAAUUUUUCAAUUAUCCUUUAUUUUUAACUUAUAACUGGAUAUGCAUAUGCAUUGGUCACAUGAAAGUUCCCAUUUCUUUAAAAAUAGGGGUGCUAGAGGUUUGGUAUAGCAGUAAAUAGUAAAGCAUUAUAAUGAUUAAUAUUUAUGUGAAUUUUGGACAUAACUUUAAAAUGUGUAAAUAUAUACUUUGCUAUAUUAUAUUAGAGAAAAAAUUGUCAUGAUUUACAGAAAUUAAACUAAAAGAUAUCAUAAAAACAUUUUUAUAUUUCAUAUGUACCACAUAAUCUCGUAUAAUUAAUGAAAAAGGAUGUUACAAUCCUUUAUCCCAUCACUUUUAAUACUAUGCAAUUUAUCUCGCAUUACUAUGACAAAUUUUAGCAUUGUCUUUAUAAGAAACAUUUCUUGCAAUUGUGACUAGAAAUAUAAAUUAAAAUUUCUGCCAUCACUUACAAAAAUUGAUCAAGCAUUUUGAUAAUAUACUUUGUUUCUAUUUAAAAUGCUUCCUAUGUAUGUAGUCAUUUCAUUCAUGCAAAGUAAUUAUUGCAUUUUUUAAAAUUUAGAUUUUUUAAUUUGGGGGUUAAAUUUGGUUGUAGAAAUUUGGCAGAAAAGUUACAUUUGUUAUUGAAUUCUCUCCUACAUAAUCAGUACUGUGCGUAAUUGUCAUAAUUGUGUGUGGCCAAAUGUGACAUUAGACAUUUGACUUAAUUUGUCAUGUCCUUUAAGUUAUGACGUGAUAAUGCACUUUAUCUUCAAGCACUUACAUAUGAUAAGUAAAUCAGUGACUGAGUAUCUAGGAUUCCUAGUGCAUUGAAAGUUGAAAUUAGUCUUGGAAGUUUAGAUUUUCAACUUUCUGAACAUUUAAUUUUUAAUACUGGUUUUUGGUAUUUAGAUUUCUUUUGAAAGGUUCGGAUAACAAAAUGCUGCAAGUGCUCUUAAAAUACUUAGCUAAACAAAGGGUUUCCUUUUAAUGCAGGAACAAUUUUUCUGUGCAUGUGUUUACAAAAAAAUGCAAACACUUUAAUCAUGCAUAUCUUAUAUAUCAGUAGAAUUCAACUUUUUAUGAAUCACAUACAGAUAAUGAAGUAAACCAUUGACUUUGUAUCAAGUAUUGAUACUAGGAUAUAGAUUGGUGAAGCACAGCUUCUUAAAGCAAGGCAGUAUACCACUCUUAUGCUGUAUGUGGAUAAUUAUUUUUUUAUGCGUUUUUCAAUGAUAUUGUGUAAAAUAUUUGUUGUAUACAUGAUUAUUAAAAAAUUAAGGAAUAAUUAAAAACACUUAUCUUGAAAUGUUUAUAUAUGGAGACCUUGCUUUAUUUAAAAAUAUGACUUCAUAACUCUUUGUAUCGCAUAUAACUAAAUAUGGUAAAAAAUAUUUGGAAUGCUUUUUAAAAGUUGAAAAAGAGUUUCAAGUUAUGAUUUGGAAUUCUUGUUUGGCUGAUAAGUAUUGGUUCCAUAGCUGUUGAAUAAAAACAAAUUUUUUUACAGUUUCUGAAAUGUUUUUAUUUAUUGCUAUACAAAUUAUCUCUGAACCCCUAAUUAUUUAUUGUAUUAUGUGCUAUGUGUAAAGGGUAAUCUAUUAUAGAUGUUGGAAAUAGACUGGUUAUAUUAUUUCGUACUAUACAGUUCUUUAUUUAAUGUUAAGUUCCAGUUUCACUGCAGAAUGUACAUAGGAUAAAUUAGCUGCUAAUUUUUGUUACGGAAUAUGAUAAUUGGUGUUUUUUUGUUUUGAUGUAUAAAAACUAUAAAUCAGUAUUAUUUAAAUAAUCUGAUUGUAUAUUAUUUGAUGGAUGUUAAUAAAUGAAUUUUCCUGAGGA